AGAGAGAGAGGCCUAAGGUAGGGAAGGAAAAAAAAAUAAAAAAUAAAAAAAUAAAAUUAAUACCCUAGAGUCACGCAAACGACUCUGCCUUUCCCCAUGCGCCUCAACUACCCCAGGUCCCCUGCAGCAGAGUUGGUCACGUCUGCCUCCUCUUCAUCCUUAACCUCUCUCUCUCUCUCUCUCUAUCUCUCUCUACAUCCUUUCUCACCUUCUCUGCUACCACCCAUUUAUGCCUUCCUUUUCUAUUAAUUUCUGUACCGGUAUUUGUAAUUUGUUGUUUGAUGUUCGGCAUCCAUAAGCAGUAGGGGGAGAGAGGGAGAUAAGGGGGUUGGGGGUGGGAAUUCUUAUAUUUAAUGGAAAAAAAAAAUAGAGGAAAGGUGUAGCAGCUGAAUGACACCCAGAAGAAGAGACCCUUUUGUUUUCUCACUUUUUGAUGAUAUGUUUCCUUCUCUUAGGGUUUGCUCGAAUAAAGCCUAUCGUAUUCUUCAGAGAUUUUGACUUGAAUUCUUUGCCAAACGCUGAAGGAAUGGGUUCGGAAGAUAAAGCUCAUGGUAAAGUUUUUGGUGUACAGAGCUUAUCUUCGAGUGCUCAGAGUACACCAGAGAAAAAUGAACAUUCUGAUGCUGUCCCUAGAGGUCAGGAGCUGCUCCAAGAAUAUCUCAAGUCUGGUCCAAAGAAAGAAUUGCUUCGAACAUGCUUUGAUAAGGAAAAGAAACAUUCUGCCUCAUCAAAAUAUAGAAUGAGUGAAAAUGUCAGGACAAAUAACAAAGGAUGUAAGAACCAGGAGUCAAGAAAAACUUCUUCCAAUCACUCUACGUUAACCAACCAUGAGGCUCCUACAUCUAAGAAGCAACCAAGGAAGGGCGAAAAUCCUGUUCGACUUCUGCCAACUACAGAGUCGUCUCUGGAAUUUGAGUUUUCAGGCACUUGGGUUUGUAAAAAUUCUGCAUGUAGAGCUGUCCUAACAUCGGAAGACACAUUUUGCAAGAGGUGUUCGUGCUGCAUCUGUCAUCUGUUUGAUGACAAUAAGGACCCUAGCCUUUGGUUGGUCUGCACAUCUGAGUCUGGCGGGAGAGACUCCUGUGGGUCAUCUUGCCACAUUGAGUGUGCACUUUUACGGCAGAAGGUGGGGGUUGUCAAUCUUGGGCCAAUGAUGCAGUUGGAUGGAAGUUAUUGUUGUCCUUCUUGUGGCAAAGUCUCGGGGAUACUUGGAUACUGGAAGAAGCAGUUGGUGAUGGCAAAAGAUGCUCGACGUGUAGAUGUUUUGUGCCAUAGGAUAUCCCUGAGUCAUAGGCUCCUGGAUGGGACUCGCAGGUUUAAAGAACUCCAUGAUAUCGUAGAAGAAGCUAAAGCAAAGUUAGAAACAGAGGUUGGUUCGUUAAGUGGAGUUUCAGCCAUGAUGGGUCGGGGCAUUGUCAGCAGGCUGUCAAUUGCUGGGGAUGUGCAGAAAUUAUGCUCUGUUGCAAUUGAGAAAGCAGAUGCAUGUUUAAAUGCUGUUUCUGGUGCCAACCGACAUCACAGAGAGGAUUCACUUCCUGCUGCUUGCAGGUUCGAAUUUCAAGAAGUGACAUCCGAGUCUCUCAUAAUUGUACUGAAAGAAACAUCCUCUGCAUCUGCUGAUAAUAUUAAAGGCUACAAGCUUUGGUAUUGCAAGAGCAGAGGAGAGUCAUACACCAAAGAACCAGUUACUGUCUUUCCAAGAGAUCAGAGAAAAAUUACAAUAUCAAACUUGCAGCCCUGUACAGAGUACACAUUUCGAAUAAUCUCAUAUACAGACUCGGGUGAUUUGGGUCACUCUGAGGCAAAGUGUUUUACCAAGAGCGUGGAGGUAAUACACAAGAAUUCUACUCCAGCACUAGCUAUGGAUCAUAAGAAUGAGAAUUCUCAUGUUGAAGGAAGUUCUUCUAGUGCCAAGGGGGAGCCAGUGAUGACCUCUGCAGUUGGAUCAUCUGGUUUCAAGGUCCGAGAUCUUGGAAAGGUCUUGCGUCUUGCUUGGGCACAAGAACAUGGUUGCUUUGAUAGCUUUUGUAGUGCUAAUCUGGAAGAAUGUUGUGGCAGAAACAGUGUGGAAAAACCUGAAGAUGUGGAAGAAGAGCAACCUCGAAAUGUUACACGUGAACUUGAUUUAAAUGUUGUCUCGGUGCCUGAUCUGAAUGCUGAGGUAACUCCACCAUUAGAGUCUUCAAGAGAUGAUGAUAUUGGAUGCACUUCAGAACGGGUUGUUGAGGCUGAGGAUGAUGUUGCUUAUCAUGGGAUGGAGAAGAAUGGUCUAUCAAGGUCAAACGGGAGUGGUGAUUCUCAGACGUGGACUGUUAGGCCAGUAAGAGAAGUACCUGCUGUAGAGUCCAGAAUGGAGUUGUGUAGAAAACGGACAUCAAGCGGAAAUGAAGAUACAUUUGAUUGUGAUAGCACUCUGAUUAAUGGAUCACCAUUCCGACUCUCUAGUGUGGCCAGUCAGUUUGAUGAAACCUUUGAGUACUGUGUGAAGAUCAUUCGAUGGCUGGAAUGUAGGGGUCACAUUGAACAGGAAUUCCGAAUGAAAUUCCUGACAUGGUUCAGCUUGAGAUCAACUCAUCAGGAGCGUAGAGUGGUACACACCUUUAUCCGGACUCUGAUUGAUGACCCGAGCAGUUUGGCGGGCCAGUUGGUUGACUCCUUUCUAGAAAUCAUAUCCAGCAAGAGACCCCGGAAUGGUUUUUGUAGUAAGCUUUGGCACUGAAUCAGCAGUGGAAUUGAAGAUUACUUUGGUACUUAAGUUAUAUUUCUGAUUACUUUUGCUAUUCACAUUUUACAGGCAAUUCAUGAUCAUCUUAGGAAGUGAUUCUUUUCUGUUGGGGGUCAAUCCUCCAAUCUAAGAUCCUGUGGAGAAGGUUUUUGAUUCUUAUUCAAUGGGGAACCAGAGAUAUCUUGUAAAAGAUGCUCUGUUGUUUGAACUUAGUUUCCCUGGCUUCUCUAUUGACAAUUUGGAGAAGUGAAAUUGUUUCAAUGUGGAUUUUUGGGCUAUUGUAACUUGUAUUCAUAGAUAGCUAGAUUGGAAAUUAUUUCAGUGUAUGGUCAUCAUGGAUGAUGCCAGGCUGCAAUAGUAUUAAUUAUCGAAUGCACUAUUGGGGCAUCAAAUGUAUUUGAUGUAUUUGAUUUUAUUAUGUCAAAUGAUCACUCCUUGUAACUCUAGUAAGAUUUUGGAUAUUUAGCAACUUAAAGCUUUUUUGACUGGCGUGAAAAAGCUAGUUUUUCCUUA